GCUUCACGAAAGCAGGGUUCUGCUAGUGCCAAUCACCGUUGCUGCUCGUGUCGAGUAAGCGUCCGAAUUACACUUUCUUUCUCGAGUGACCACAAGAGUUACGAAACUAAGGAUGUUCGAAGAAGCGGAUAACUUCGCCGAUCUGUUCCGCGGUGGACUGCCGUACUAUCUGCUCAUCACUCUGCCAAUCCUAAUCAUUUGUUCGUCCAAUCCGGUCCUUGCCGCUAGUGAGUUCAGCGUCCAGCGUAUGUCACAGUACGAUGUUCAUGGUGUUGCCUACGGUUGCCGGGCGUCAGCGUUGAAUUUGGAAGCCAAAUCCCUUUACACAUGGCAAACGUCCCGGCACUGUGUGCUGACCCGGUUGCAAGACAUGACCAUUGACCAUUUCCGGGAAAUCCGUGCUAAGGCAGGUGGUCUUGUGGUUCUGCUGCCGAAAGACACAACCGCCCUGAGCUUGGAGGACAAGCAGCAUAUCCACCUACUAGAGCAGGCGAUGAUGGUGCAAGACGUGCCGAUUCCGGUAUACCUGUCCAAGUACGACCCUAAGCUGGAUGGCAUAAUCGAUGAAGUAACACGCACCACCGUGCGCAGCAGCAAACAGAGCGCACCUAAACGUGAUUCGGCGUUCAGCGAGAUUUUUGGGUCGAUAUCCGCCAACGGGUAUCAGGUGGUGGUGUCUGGUGCGUCGCACGCGGUUAACAAACAGUCAAAGAUACCGAUCAUCCAAGGAGAGCUGGCCCCGACGAAACCCGGCACUUUGCUUGACAGAGACAAUAAGCUGCCGCUAAUAAUUGUAACUGCGCAUCUCGACACGUUUGGACUGACCAACACGCGGCAAAGCAACGUGGACGUAGCAGUGUUAAUGACGCUCGUUGAGCUGUUUAGUAAAUUGCACGCGAGCAUCCCGAAGUAUCGGCUAAUUUUUCUGGCAUCGGAAUCAGGCUUACUGCUUAACUUCCAAGGCAUGAAGAAGUGGCUCGAUUCGAACUUGGAUGAGAACGUGCAGAUCCAGCAUGCGGAAUUCGUCGUAUGUCUCGAUACGAUCGGCAAGUUGCUGGCGAACGAGAACAUUUUCAUGCACGUUUCCAAACCGCCAAAGGAAGGCACAUCGAUGAACGCCUUCUACAAAACGCUUCGCGUCGUAGCCCAGCGAUACGGCAACGUUACCGUUGAAGGUGUGCACAAAAAGAUCAAUUUGGCGGACACCCUGCUAGCGUGGGAGCACGAGCGAUUCAGCAUGAAACGCAUGCCUGCGUUUACCCUGUCCAACGUGAAGAAUCACAAGGACCCAAUGCGCAACACCAUCUUCGACGAUGACACGAUCGAGGAGCAGCUGGAUGCGCUUGAACGCAACGUGAAGAUUAUUGCGGAGGCAUUAGCAAGCCAUAUUUACAACGUGCCAGCCGAGGACGGCGCUGCCGGGGAAAUUUUUACCGGCUCGAUGGCCAUCAGCCGAGACCAAAUUAAGCCCUGGCUGCACAUCCGUUCGACGCUCCAGAAUAACGAUCUGAAGUACGCCUUCGAGAAGUACCUGCGUAACGUGAAAGUCUCCUACGAAAAACCCGACGCCCGGGAGCCGGACUUCAUGUUGUACGACGAUCGGGAAGCGUUGUUGAACAUCUACAACGUAAAACCGGCGGUGUUCGACCUGUUCCUCACGUUCAUGAUCGCCGCUUACCUGACGAUGGUCUACUUUGCAAUCUUCCACUUCCCUAGGCUGUACGGAUUCGUGUGUCGCAUGACGGUAGUUAAAACCAAAGUAAAUUGAAAUGAGAUCCUUGCGCUCGGAGCGAUCAGGCGAUCAUCGCGGUUAGGGCCGCUUACACUCAUCGAUUGUUUUUUUAGGAAAGGGUAGUAAGGUAGUUUAGAAUAUUUGUUCUGUUUUUUUCUUUUCCCUAUCGAAUCAUUAGCCGUGCUCCCAUUCAUUUCGCUAGGCGUUGAUUUGUACCAUACUCGCCUAGUGCAUGUCACCAUACCCAUCGGACGUUAAGUGUCGAAAUCGGUUCUCUGCAUUCGUUCAUGGUUGGGCGUAUUCGGAUUAUUUAUGUAUUUCGUUCGAGCAAGGUUGAAUUUCUCGUAUGGAAAUGAUACCAUGCUGCUCUUCAUGGUUAGCAUUGAGUGACGAGCAAUAAAGAAAUCAA